AUGCACAUCUCACUUACCACUUUUACUUUAUUUGUAUCCGCCGCCACAGCAUCGUACGUGAUUGAAGAUGACUACAAUUCAGAUUCUUUCGCUGGUAUGUUCGACUUCUUCACAGACGACGAUCCCACACACGGCUAUGUCAACUAUGUCGACUACAACACCGCCUCAAGUUCAGGUCUAUACAAGGUACAAAACGGGCAAGUGUACAUGGGAGUUGAUUCGACCAACACCGCCUCCGGACGCGGGAGAAACAGCGUACGAAUAGCGAGCAAGAACACAUACCAGCACGGCCUAGUCAUCCUAGACCUGGCACACAUGCCUGCCGGAGCUUGUGGGACAUGGCCUGCCUUCUGGAUGCUGGGCGCCGACUGGCCCAACAACGGAGAAAUCGACAUCAUCGAAGGUGUCAGUGCCCAAACUGCCAACAACAUGGCCGUGCAUACCAGCGAUGGCUGUACCAUCUCCAAUACUGGAGGAUUCUCUGGCACUCUAGAGACAGACAACUGCUACGUAGGCGCAGCCGACCAAGCCACAAACGCGGGCUGCUCAAUCCGAAGCAACGACGAUCAAAGCUUUGGCGCCGGCUUCAACUCCGUCGGUGGGGGUGUCUUUGCCACAGAAUGGACCAGUGAAGCCAUCAGUAUCUGGUUCUUUCCCCGGGGAGCCAUCCCCUCAGAUAUCAGCAGCGGCUCACCCGAUCCCUCCGGCUGGGGCCUGCCGCAAGGCCAAUUCCAGGGAGCCUGUGACAUUGAUGAAAAAGUGCAAAAUCAACAAAUCGUCUUUGAUGUCACAUUCUGCGGCGACUGGGCCGGCAGUGUCUGGAGCACCGACGCUACAUGCAGCUCCCAGGCCUCUACAUGCCAGGCCUUUGUUCAGAACAACCCAUCCGCCUUCCAAGACACGUACUGGCUCAUCAACAGCCUGAAAGUGUACAGCGACAACGGUGCCAGUCCAUCCCAACCUCCAGCUUCGUCUUCUCUAUCCGUCUCUACUCAACAACCCACAGGUACUUCUAGCCCGAGCUACACCUUCCCCGCCACGACCACAUUCGUCACUGUAACUUCUGGUGGCGUAACCACAUACACCCUCCCACCAACCACAUACACCUUGACCUCGGCACCGGUCGAAACCACACAACAACAACCCACCAGCGUACCUACGACAGCAGUACCACCACCAUCAGGGGCUACAACGGUAUACACCACCGAAAUCGUCACGACAGCUGCACCUACACCUGCACCAUCGUCGGACAAUAACAACAACGGCGGUGGUUGGAGUUGGGGAGGUAACAGCGGGGGCGGAAACCGUGGCGGAAGCGGCGGUGGCAGAUGGGGCGGCAGCGGUGGAGGAGGAGGCGACUGGAGCGGUGGCUGGGGUCACUAA